UAUGCAAACAAACUAAAUAACCAUAAUCAGUUAAAAAAAAACAUAAUAAUCACAAAAGCAUACUCAUGAUUAUAGUGAUUAGUGAGUGAGUGAGUGAGUUAAUAUAGCAACUAAACCAACUUCCAAUCCUAACAACUCCUUCUCGCUUGUUUCUUCAUCAUCAAGAAAAUGCAGAGCUUCUUCAAUGCUUGGAUAGUGCUUGCACUCGUUAUACUCCUUCCCGUACUUCUCUCUCUUAGAAACCCUCGUGGCGAACCACAAAGCACUUCUUCUUCUUCUUUCUCUGACACUUCCUUUGGUUCUGUCAAGUUAGCCAAUACUUUUCCCUUUGAAUUCAAUCAGAGGAUAAGAGAUGGUUCCAAUCUUGAAUAUGAUUUCUAUAGAGAUACAUGUCCACAAGCAGAAGACAUUGUUCGUUCUGCUGUUACUAAUAUCUACUUUGAUCAUAGAGAUCUUUCGCCUUCUCUUCUUCGUCUUUUCUUUCAUGAUUGUUUCAUUCAGGGGUGUGAUGCUUCAUUGCUGUUGGAGGACAAUGGUGAUAGAAACAGUUCCUUUGAGAAGCAAGCUAUUCCAAAUCAGACAUUGAAAGGUUUUGACAAAAUUGACUUGAUUAAGGAGGAGGUGGAACAAGCAUGUCCCGGUGUUGUGUCUUGUGCUGACAUACUUGCUCUUGCAGCAAGAGAUUCUGUUCUUUUGGCUGGUGGACCUUUCUAUCCAGUUUUAACAGGCAGACGAGAUAGCCAUCAAUCGUUUUUCGUGGAUGCAACUGAUCAAAUUCCAAGACCUGAUGAUAACAUUACGCGCACACUUCACCUUUUCAAUCUUAGAGGAUUUAAUACAAGAGAAACAGUCAGUCUUCUUGGAGGACACAACAUUGGCAGAAUUGGUUGUGAUUUCAUUCAGCAAAGGCUAUACAACUUUCAAGGAACAGGGCAACCAGACCCGAGUAUACCUCUCGAUUUCCUUAGUCAGAUGAGGCAAAACUGUCCAGACGACAUCAAGAACAUCAGCAGCACCGACAAGUUUUCAACGUUUGUGAUUUCGAAGCCGAAGCAUGUUCACUUUAACAACAAAGGGAUGUCGUACAUGCAAGCAUUGUCGUCUGCAGUGUCAUCUGGAGCGGCAUUCGACACUCACUACUACCAAAGCUUGUUGAGAGGAAGAGGGCUACUGUUUGCUGAUCAACAACUGAUGGCUGAGGAGAAGACUGCUAGAUUGGUUUCGGCUUACGCUUCGGAUGAUGGAUCGACUUUUCGGAUGGAUUUCGCAAGGGUUAUGUUGAAGUUGUCCAAUCUUGAUGUUUUGACUGGAACUCAAGGUCAGGUUCGUCUGAAUUGUUCGCAACUUAUAGGUUCUUAACCGAGUAGUUUCAUUCUUUAAGCAUUCUUUGUUGUACAAUUUGGUAUAUAGAAAGUUUGUUCUCUUUUAUGUAAAUGUCUCAUACACAUUUGAGUAUAGUUUUGGUUCUGUAAAGGGAAAAUUUGUUACAGAAUUUAUAGAUUUUGGUGGCACUAUGUUCAAUGUUUAGUCUAUGGCUACAAGGCUGCAAUAAAUAAAU